GUUGGUUCUCUCUCUUUGAAAUCGGGGGCAAUGUCAGACAGCAACAAGUCAAUUUGGUGGGGGUAUUUACCUGAUGAGAUUCUUACCCAUAUUUUCACUUUCCUACCUAUCAAAUCCAUUAUCAUCUGUACCUCUGUCUCUAAAACCUGGAAAUCCCUAAUCCAAAACCCUACUUUCAUUUCCACCCAUCUCCACCACUCCCACACCAAAAGCCAAAACCUCUUCCUCCUCUUAAACAUCUCACGGAAUGACAGAGAAGUGAAUGCAUUGCAUAAAGAAGACGAUGAUCCUGAUUUCACUGAAUACACCAGCUUUGAAUCCCCUUUCCAUGCUCCUGCUCCAGGCUUGCACGAAGUCGUCGGUACUUGUAACGGCCUGCUAUGCCUCUCCUAUAGUUUACCCAAUCACGCUAACGAAAUCUUUCUCUGGAACCCUUCUGUGAGAAAGUUUCUCCAACUCCCUUCUCCCAAUGUCACCUUCGACACACAUGGUAAGUCCUGCAAGUCUUUUGGGUUUGGAUUUGAUCCCAAAACUAAUGAUUAUAAAGUGGUCAGGAUUCUUUCCAUACUGCGUAGUUGCGACGACUUUGGAAUGUCUCGAUCCGUGGUCGAUGUUUACUCACUCUCCACUGGUGAAUGGAGAAUGCUUAGUGCUUCUGCUUCUCUGCCUCCUACAUGCGCUAUAACUAGUCGCGGGCCACCGGCAUUUGCCAAUGGGGCACUGCAUUGGAUUGCUGUCGCAAAUGAUAAAAAACGGUUUGUUUUGGUGUUCGAUUUGGGGGACGAGGUCUUCCGCCAAAUUCUGCUGCCAGAACUUCCAAGUUAUGCAGGGAAGAUGAUGUGGAAUCAUGUUUCCGCAUAUGGAAAUUCCACUGUUGGGUUUCAAAGAGGGAUAGGGAUUGGUCAGAUCAAUAUAUGGGUGAUGAAAGAGUAUGGUGUUGCAUCGUCGUGGACAAAAUUUUCACAUCAGUGUCCAAGUCUGGGAAUGCCCUCUCCAUACCCAGUUGGCUUUAGGAGGAAUGGUGAGGUUAUAUUGCUAAAUAUUGGAUUAGAGCUUGUCUCGUGGAAUCCAGAUAGCCAAGAUAUUAAGAAUCUUGAAAUUAAUGGAUAUUUGGAUACUUUUUGUGGUUCUUAUGUCGAAAGUCUAGUUUUGUUUGACAAAGCCACUAAAGGUGUAGUUACAUACUGAGGAAAAACAGAAAAUCGGUAGGAUGCUUCUCAUGUUUUUUUAUAUUCUUUUUAUGAUUUUUCAUUUUGUUCUUUAUGUAUACUCGAAUUAAGUUGAUCAUACUUGCGUAUUGAUUAUCUUAAUGGCUUUAUCUUCAAGAUAAAUAGCUUAUCAAGGUUGUGGUCACUCUCUAUUAUAUUGAGAUGAUAGUUUAGUGCAUAGCAUGUAUACUUAGAAUUGUUUGUCCUCAUUUCAAAAUUUCUUUAAUAUAAUCAUUUAUUACUUAUAAAAUAAUGCACUUAUAGUUCUUAAAUUAUUGCAGGACCUCAUGCAAUCAUGGUUAUUGAUGAGCUCUAAAUGAGACAUUAAUUCAGCAAAACAAAAUAUUCAACAAAGCUCUUUGAUGUUGUAUAGUUUCUUAUAACUGAAUUAACCUAUUAUGUCGAAAUGGCUUGAAGUAGUAUUAUGUUAAACUCCUUUUGUGGCUACACCAUUGUUAUAUUAGUAUUUUUUGAUGAUUCGCAGUUUGGUUUCACAGUUUGGUUUCAGUGUAUUCACUGAAAUGAUUAAGUAUUUAAUUUUGCCUACCAUGCUUGCAUUACGAUGAAGAUGCUUGUCAUUGUUGUGUGUGUAAACAUGGAUAUACUGUCCAGUUGUGUUAAAUGUCUUUUUCCUUAGACAACUAGAUUUUUGUUGUACCUGUCUAAAGAGGUCUAAAAGUCAUUAUUGAUAAAAAGUUAAAAGGACAGGGAAGAAAAGGGGGGUGGGGUGACAAUUGCAUAUUACAUAUUACCAUCUAAUAAG